UUUCUAAUUAUUUUAGUAUUGUUUUCCUCUUCUCUGUCUCUCUCAACGUCUCGAAAAUAACUGUGUCCGUGGAAAGAUUGAUUCAGAGAGACAGAGAGAGAGAGAGAGUAAUUAGGGUUUCAAUUUUGUGUUUCAGUCCAAUCCCUGAGCUCCAUUUUUAGGUUUCUUCGUAUCUUCUCUCACAGAUCUUCAAUCGUACCAUCAAUGCUCUCUCUUCAAUCUCUUCAUCCCUCGCUCGGUGCUUUCAAUUCAAAUUUCGUAUUCAUUUGAUUCCGAAGCCACUGUGAAUCGCAUAGUCGGGACUUCGUAUUAGAAGCCAUUCGACGUACACAAUUUCAGUCUGGUGUUGUGAUUCAUUGGUCCAAGGUUUGAACUGCCGAUUAAAGUUUUUUUUUUUUUUUUUUUUUUUCUGUUGUAUAAAUUUGUAUUUACACCUUCAAUCCCUUGUGUUUGUUCAAUCUUUAAAAAUGUAUGUGUUUUAAGGCAUUUUCAAAUUGGAAAUUUUGGUUCCUGUUGUUCAAAAGGGAUUGUUUUUAGCAUUAGGGUUAGGGUUUUGUGGAUAUGAUUAAGCAGAUACUGGGUAAGCUUCCUCGGAAGCCAUCGUCGAAAUCAUCGCACAAUGAUUCGAACAAUGAUGGUGGGGUUUCAACCCUGAAUUCAUCGAAUUUGAAUUCCGUUGGAGUCGGUUUCAACGGCAACUCGAAAGGCACUUCUGCUUCUGGCAAAUCUUCAAAUUUGGGUUCUGGUGCUUCGCGCUCUAGCAAUGGGACUUAUGCUCCGGCGUCGUUGAUUAAAUCAAAUCAAGGGAAGAAAUCUGGUCUCUUGGCUACCCAAAUGGGUCCUGUGUCGAAUCCCGUCACAUAUGAAGCAUUGCCGAGUUUUCGUGAUGUUCCGAGCUCGGAAAAGCAUAAUCUUUUCAUUAGGAAGUUGAAAAUGUGUUGUGUUGUAUUUGAUUUUAGUGACCCGUCGAAGAAUAUCAAAGAGAAGGAUAUAAAGCGACAGACAUUGCUUGAGCUCGUCGAUUAUAUCUCCUCUGUAAAUUCCAAGUUCAAUGAGGUCACUAUGCAGGAAAUUACAAAAAUGGUAGCCACCAAUUUAUUCAGAACGUUUUCAUCUACUAAUCAUGACAACAAGUUAGCUGAUGUGUAUGAUGCAGAAGAGGAGGAACUGGCUAUGGAACCGUCAUGGCCUCAUAUUCAAAUAGUAUAUGAAUUUCUGCUUAGAUUUGUGGCUUCGGCAGAGACCGAUGCCAAGCUUGCAAAAAGAUAUGUAGAUCACUCAUUUGUGUUGCGAUUGUUGGACCUGUUUGACUCUGAGGAUCAAAGAGAGAGGGAGUACUUGAAGACCAUUCUUCACCGCAUUUAUGGCAAGUUUAUGGUGCAUAGGCCAUUCAUUCGGAAAGCUAUCAACAAUAUCUUUUACCUUUUUAUUUUUGAGACAGAGAAGCACAAUGGGAUCGCGGAAUUGCUUGAGAUAUUGGGCAGUAUAAUAAAUGGGUUUGCAUUGCCUUUAAAGGAAGAGCACAAGCUUUUCCUUGUCCGCGCAUUGAUUCCACUUCACAAGCCCAAGUGUGUAGCCAUGUACCAUCAGCAACUUUCAUAUUGCAUUACUCAGUUUGUGGAGAAAGAUGUCAAGCUAGCCGACACAGUAAUUCGGGGUCUUUUGAAGUAUUGGCCCAUAACUAACAGUUCGAAGGAGGUGAUGUUCCUCAGCGAAUUAGAGGAAGUUCUAGAGGCCACCCAGGCUGCAGAAUUUCAGCGAUGCAUGGUUCCUCUUUUCCGUCAGAUUGGACGCUGCCUCAAUAGCUCUCAUUUUCAGGUGGCUGAGCGGGCGUUGUUCCUCUGGAACAACGAUCACAUUAGGAAUCUGAUUACUCAAAACCGUAAGGUGAUACUGCCCAUAAUUUUCCCAGCUUUGGAGAGAAACACAGGAAGUCACUGGAACCAAGCUGUUCAGAGCCUGACGCUUAAUGUGAUAAAGAUAUUUUCAGAUGCUGACCAAGCACUUGUCGAUGAGUGCCUAGUUAGGUUUCAAGAAGACGAAAUUAAGGAGAAGGAAGUUCAGGAGAAGCGGGAAUCAAAUUGGAAACGCCUGGAAGAUGUGGCAGCGUCCAAGGCUGUUGUUAGCAAUGAGGCUGUGCUUGUCUCGAAGUUUGUCUCUUCUGUUGCCAUUGCUAGCAGCACUAGUCCGCGGACAACUAAGGGCAGUUAAGAGCAAUAUGCCAUGCAAAUUGGAGAAAUGGCCCCAUCACCAAUCAGUGAACCCCCCCAAAGGGUGAUGUUUAGAGAUAAACAAAUCCCAAGGAUGAGUUUAGGGAUUGCAAGCCACGAGUGUUCGAGUUUGCAAGGUGAUUGUGAAGGGGUUCUGUGCAUAUUGAGAUGGUUCGUUCCUUUUUGCCCUUUUCCUAUUGGGGUUGGCUUAUUCCUUUUUCUUUUCUUUUUUUUGUGUUAGCCAUGGAAGUGCUAGCGUGUGUAUCAUAAGAAAUCUGUGUUUUUAUAGAGGUAGCAUUUCUUCGGAUUUUUCUACCUGAUAAUAUAUGUUUUUUGUGUAAUGAAGCAAAGAGACUGUUCCUUUGUCUUUGUUUCUUGUUUUC